CUUUUUAACAUUUCUUACAGGUUUCAAAAACAAAAUGGCGGACGAAGAGACAGCUGUUAAUGGAGUUGAAGCAUCAGCUGAUCCCGCUCCAUCAGCUGCUCCAACAUCUAAAUAUUCACUUGUGACAGACCAAUAUGAGGACAUGAUCACAGUAGAGGAUGAAAGCCUGAAACGUGUUGGAGCCCCGAAUUGGAGACGGUUAGGUGGAUUCCCUAUUUAUUGUACAGGUCAACCUAACCAGGAUGUCCUGAGUAAAUGUGUUGAGGACGCUGUAAACAAGUUUGAUGAACAGAAGAAUGUUCUUUGGGUCAAUUUAAGACAGGAACCUGUUCUGUACGUGAACGGAACACCCUACGGAAUCAGGUAGAAGAUAGAAAAAGCAGGGGAAAAUUGAAUAUCUUGUU